UAAAAAGAGAGAAGAGGAGAAAGCCAGAGAAGAGAAGACUAAAAAGGAGGAGGAGGAGAAACCAAAAGAGGAGGUCAAGGUGAAAGAGGAGGUCAAGGUGAAAGACCAGGAGGAGGAAAAGACAGGAGAGAAGCAAAGAAAAGAGGAGGUCAAGGGGAAGAAAAAGAAAAAAGGAAAGAAGGAGGUGAAAGGGCCGAGUGAGCCGAGUGAGGAGCAGGUCAAAGCUCCCAUCGCAGCUCCAGAGCCCGAGCUAAAAACUGAGCCCGACACUGAACAGGCUCCAGAUCAGCACUCGAUAAGCAGCGCAGAGAACCAGCAGGAGCAAAAGGAAGAAGCUGCCAUAAAGAAGGAGCCUGAAGUUGUGGAGGAAGUGAAGGAGGAGGACACGGAGAAAAAAGAGGAAGAACCCGCAGAACAGGAGAUAGAAGCCAAAGGAGAGGAGAAGGCAAAGGAGAAGCCGAAGGAAAAGCCGAAGGAGAAGCCGAAGGAGAAGCCGAAGGAGAAGACAAGGGAGAAGAUAAAGGAGAAGACAAAGGUGGAGGAGAAGACAAAGGUGGAGGAGGAGAAGAAGGAGAAGCCUGUAAAAGAGAAGAAGACAAAGGAAGAAGAGGCUCAAGGCCCCAAACGUCUGAAAACCAUGCAAUGCAAAGUCACCUUACUGGACGACACUCAGUUUGAGUGUGAGCUUGAUAAACAUGCUAAAGCCCAAGAACUUCUUACAAAGGUGUGCGACCAUGUCAACCUGCUGGAGAGGGACUACUUUGGCCUCGCCAACUGGGAAAACCCAUCCACCUGUACAUGGAUGGAGUCUACCAAAGAGAUCCGGAAACAGGUUCCAGGCGCUGUGUAUGAGUUUACAUUCAGCGUCAAGUUCUACCCUCAUGAUCCAGCCCAGCUUACCGAAGACCUCACCAGGUACUUUCUGUGUGUCCAGCUGAGGAAGGACAUCAUGCGAGCUGUUCUUCCCUGUUCCUUUGUCACACUGUCCAUGCUGGGCUCCUACACAGCCCAGUCAGAGCUCGGAGAGUAUGACCCAGAGCUCCAUGGAGAGGAUUAUGUAAGUGAUCUGAGCCUGGCCCCCGGACAGAGCAAAGAGCUGGAGGAUAAGGUGAUGGAGCUGCACCGCACAUACAGGGCAAUGACCCCAGCCCAGGCAGACUUGAUGUUUCUGGAAAAUGCCAAGAAACUCGCCAUGUACGGAGUUGACCUGCACCAAGCGAAGGAUCUCGAUGGCGUCGACAUCACGCUCGGGGUUUGCUCUAGUGGUCUGAUGGUGUACAAGGACAAGCUGAGGAUUAACCGUUUCCCUUGGCCCAAAGUUCUCAAGAUCUCUUACAAACGCAGCAGCUUCUUUAUCAAAAUCAGGCCAUCAGAGCAAGAGCAGUAUGAAAGCACAAUUGGCUUUAAACUGCCCAACUACAAAGCCUCAAAGAAGCUGUGGAAAGUUUGCGUUGAAAACCAUACCUUCUUCAGAGUUCCAACUGUGGAGCCGCCCGCAUCGCGCCGCUUCCUCGUCUUGGGCUCUAAGUUCCGGUACAGCGGGCGCACUCAGGCCCAGACCCGCCAGGCCAGCUCCUUGAUCGACCGCCCAGCCCCUCGCUUCACACGCUCGGCGAGCAAGAGGCUCUCCCGUAACCUGGAUGGAGCUGGAGAUGAAACUCUCCAGCUCCUGCAACACCUCUCAGCCUCCACCAGGUCUGAUGUGGAUGAUUGGUUGCUGAUGCUGACAUCUGACAAACCCCAGCCUUCUCCUGACCUCCCAGCCAGAGGGGAGUCUGAGCAGAUUUCCAUUCAGGAGCAGGAGCAGUCUGUUCACACAGUCUCAUGGCAGGGCACUGGGACUGGGCAGACUGGCUCUCAGACCAUCGCCCAGACCGCCAGUCUGCCAGGGCAGGAGCUGACGUCUGACAAGCAACAGCAGAGGGGAAAAGAGGACGAGUGGUCUGCCCUGCUCGGGCGAUAUCCUCCUUUUCCCUUUGUCUCACCUCUUGAUUUUUCAAAACAGCCAGUCUCACGCCAAGCUCAGUUCCAGCUCGAGGAGGAGGAGGAAAAGGAGGAGGAGGAGGAGGAGGAGGAGGGCUUGCGAAUGGCGGAUCAAGAUCUGACCAGUGAGGAGGUCUUUGAGAGUCUGCGGGAAACCGAGAUCUUGUUAGACCAGCUGAAAAUGGCCGAUGUUUUGGAAUGGAAGCUGAGGGAAGUUAGGGGUUUAGAGGAAAGACUGCAAGAAAUGGAUGAGGUGGCAGAGCGACUUCAGGAAUUAGUAGAAGAGGAACUGGGAAAGGAAGAGGUAGAAAUGUUAAGAGAGGGAGAUUUGGAUCAGGAAAACGGAAUGCAGGUUGAACGCAUAGUAGAAAGUGUUUUGAGGAAAUCUGUGAAGUCAAUGGAGACAAAAGAGGAUGGAGUGGAUGAAUUGGAAGAGCAGAUAAAGCAGGUGUUUUUAAAAGGUAUUUUGCCUGAAGAGGAAGAGUCCCAGAUAAAGCAGGAGAGUGAAAAAGAGAUGACAGGAGAGGGUCCGUCUGAUGAUAGCUUGAGAGAAGAGCUGUGCCAGAUAGAAAAGAAAUGGCAGGACGAGAUGGAGGACAAGUUGAAGGCCGGAUCUCCAGACGUCACUUCGGUAGUAACACACCGGAACGUGGAGCGUAGGAUUAAGAAGAGAGUGACUAUUGUAGAAGAUAGAGGGCAGAUGCAGGAAGAAGUUGAAGAUGUGCUUGCACUGCGUGGUUUAAUAUCAGAGGAAACCCUAGGAAAAGAGGGGACAUGGCGUAAGACGGUCAUACUGGAAGCGAAAACUGAGGCAGAAGUUCUAGAGAGGCUUCAGGCCGACAGCCCUUCUCAGAGCGCAGAUGGAGAUGAAUGGUUCAUAACUUUUGACCGACUUCCGUACAAAGCCGUUUCCAAACCUCCAGUCACUCCCGUGGACCGUGCUCAGGUGGAUGAAGGUGAAUAUUUCCCUUCAGAGACUGUUGUUACGACAGUUAAGCAGAAAACUGAGAUUGUAGUCGCAAAGAGACAGACAAGUGAAGAGGAAAUAAGGCGUAUACCAGAGAUCCCCCCACCACAGACCGUCACUGAAAGAGAUGAUGACUGGCUUUUGAUGUUUGAUGUUGUCCCCAGGGAAACACUCUAUGUUCCACCAGUGUCGCCCGAAGGAAGAGACCACAUGGGCGCAGAAAGUUCUGUCUAUUUGGGUGGAACUGCGACUUAUGAGGAGAUUAGAGAAGUUGUUUCUGAGGGGAAAAACACAAUAGAAGUGGCGCCAAGACUUCAAGAUAUCCCACAAAAUCCAGUAAUAGCCAGAGAUGAUGCCUGGUUUGUGUUUCUGGAUGUUGCUUCCAGAGAAUCCACAUAUGUACCACCAGUUACAUUGAAGGGAAGAGACCAGAUGGGUGCAGAGAGUUUGGUCUCUCUGGGAGGAACUGCAGUCAAGGAGGAGAUUAUCGAAGUCGUUUCUGAAGAGAGAAAGAUAAUAGAGGAGGUGCCAAGACAUAUACAAGAAAUCCCACAACAGCCAGAGACACACAGAGAAGAUGACUGGUUUGUGUUGCUGAACGUUGUUCCCAGAGAAACAUCAUAUGUUCCACCAGUUGCUGUUGCAGAAGUUGUUAAAGUGUCCCCAGAAGAACGUGUCGCUCUGGUUAAAAUAACAACUAUUGAGCGGAGUGAGACAAAAGUUGUGGUAGAAGAAAUAAAACAAGUGUUUGGAGAAAAGCAAGUAGUAGCACUCCCGCGGGCUGUAAGAGAAGUAGAAGAUGACUGGUUUGUGCUGCUGGAUGUCGCCGCUAGAGAAACAUCAUAUUAUCACAUACCAGUUACCAGGGACGUUCAAGUUUAUACUGAAGAAAGACUUUCUACUGUGGCUGAAACAAUAACAGUAGAGUCUAGGAAGGAGGUCUUUGUUAAAGAGACUGUGAUGCAGUGGGAGGACAGAGGACAGCAGGAAGUGUCCGGGCCACUCAGAGAAAGAGAUGAUGACUGGUGUAUCCUGCUGGAUGGUGUUCCCAGAGAAAGUGCCUAUGUACCUCCAGUUUCUCUGGUAACACCAAGCUACAUUCAUCCCAGUGUUCAACCUCAACAAGUCCAAGUGAUAAGGGUAGAGCAGAAGUUGCAGCAGGUUGAUCUUGAACCGAUUAGACUGCAGCCUUCCCGACCUCAGACGGAGAGAGAUGAUGACUGGUUUGCACUGUUUGAUGCUGUCCAUGAAAAGACAGUCAUACUACCAUCAGUUGCUCCCGUUGAGAUUAUUCCGGAUAUGAGGAGGACGUUUGAGACCGAGGUGUCUACCACAGAGACUGGAACAUGGAAGAAGAUGAUAAUUGGUGUGGACAGCAGGCAAGAUGAGACACAUCUAUCUGAAAUUAGAUCGAGCCGAAUUGCACUGCCGUCAGAGAGGGAAGGAGGAGAUGAUUGGUUUGGUUUGUUCGACAUCAUCCGCGCAAAGCCUGUUGUUAUACCACCAGUUGCUGUGGUUGAGCGUGUUGUCCAAGUGGUGGCAGCCAUUGACCAAAAACCAAAAUACCUCAUGGAAGACGUGAGGCCCCCCGUGAAGUUUGUGGAGGUUAAGACGUCACAUCCGAGACGGAUUGAUGAUGAUUGGUUUGUGCUGCUAGAUGUAGCAGCAAAAGAACCAGUGACUGUGGACAAACAUUUCCACACACAUCCUGAAGUAAGACCAGCUAAAGAGUAUGCAGCCAUAGAGAAGAGAGCGCAGAAGAGCGUUACUAUAGUGGAGCAGAAGUGGCAGCUGGAGGAUGAACUGCAGCAGAAACCGAGUGCAGCAGUGAGAGAGGUUGAAGAUGAUUGGUUUACCCUUCUGGAUGUGGCCGAGAAGAAAUCAGCUGCUGUCCCUGAGCGCUUCCAGCUCCCAGCAAAUGUGAAAGUUCCAACUGCUGGGGCCAAAACCAAGAUUGUGAUAUCCGAGAGGAGACCACAGUUUGAGCAACGGAUCCUGGAGGAAAGGCGUCCUCACACACAAACACAUGUCCACCAUGAUUGGUUUGUUCUACUAGAUGUUGGCCUCAGAGAGUCAGUGGUGGUCCCACAGAGGGGCGCCCGUCCCGUCAGUGCUCCGGUCUUCUCCCAGGCCGCUCUGGCAGAGGCAGGGAUCCCCUUUGCCAUCCUGGAGCAGCCGCAGACCUCCACUCCACUGAAGACCAGCCUCAAGGAGGAAAGAAAGCUGGAGGUCACUAUAGAGGCGGUUGAGCCCUCAAAAAUCGAGGCUGUGGUCAAGCCAGUAGCGUGGAGGGACCAGAGAGAAGUAGACUCUUCACUGAUGGCAACCCUCAAUGGGGACAUUCAGCACGAGUCUGAGGAGACGAGCACGGAGGUGGUGCGAAUGCGAAAGAAAAGAGCUAAGAGAAUUGAGGGUGACUCAAUUUAUAUCAGACAUAGCCUUUUAAUGUUGGAGGAGUUUGAUAAGCCUCAGGAGGACCUGAUCAAGCAUCAUGCUAGCAUCACUGAGCUGAAGAGGACCUUCAUGGCCUCCGCCCCGGAGAGCAGGCCCAGUGAGUGGGACAAGCGUCUGUCCACACACUCUCCGUUCCGCACCCUGGGGGUCAACGGCCAGCCCGGUGCAGAUGGGUUUGUCAUCCGCCUCCCACGCGGCCCCCUGCUCGACUUCUACUCCAAACGCAGCUGAGGGGCCGUCUCGGACCCUGCGGGAAUCCCACACAGGUGUGAGUGUGACUGGGGAGACGGCACCUAAUCCAUCUACCCAUCAACCUCUCGCUUUCUCUUCUCCUCCUCUCCUUCCUACGCCUCCUCUGCGACAUCACUGUAGCUUUCUUCAUCUCUCAUCCUCCAGCUGCCCAAUUUUUUUCUUCUUCUGGCAUCUGUGGGACAAGACUUUCAUUCCCUUUGUUUUGAACCGCAGACCUGGUUGCUCCAGCCAGAAACAGACUUGCACUGGGAAAGCCAAUCAAGCCAUUUGUCUUUGGCAUUUUCUGCUUUGUCUCUUUGACUUUAAAUCACCAAUUCAUCAAUUCUACCUGACAACUGACUGCUUUGAGCCUGCUUUUAUACACAAUUUGAGGUAUAUUUAUAUUGUCUGUUGUCUAAGGAUAUUGUCUAGGCUGAUCACUGUGAUGUGAUUUUUGGAUAAGUAAACUUUUUUUCCUAAAUCCACGUUAACAAAGCACCAAAAACCGCACUGUUGUUACUGAGAAUCUUUUCAGUAUUAUUGUCCCAGUAUAGUAUUUCCUGUGAUGGGAGACCUCGAGGCAGCUUUAUUGUGAUACAUAUUAACCUCUUUGUCCUUCACCGGUAUUUUAUGGAGGCAGUAUGUAGCAACUGCAAAAGAUUCCUUGUUGCAUGACAUUUUGACAAUCAACUCUGACCAAAGAAUAAAAGGCAUUCCAUGUACAGCUCAUAUGAGUGUUUGUUCCUUGAAAUGGUUCCUCACACUUUUCAUGGAUAAAAAAUGUUUAGCAAUACCGGUAUUCAGUAUCCAUCUUAUUUGGUGACAUACUGCGUCAUGUGGAAAUCAGUUAGGAAAAGAUGAAGGGAUACACAUGCUCUGCUAUACAAACUAGUAUUGUUAUGCUGUGGAGUUCAAAUGUUAAUUAUGUCAUAUACAAUCUAAUUCAACCCUUUUAAAAGCAUCAUGUUCCUACAGAGCUGUACAACCUCAUAACAUGGAUACUGUUCUGUACAUACUGUAAACAUAAUAGUGUUUUUUUUUUUAAACGCAUGCGUUAUAAUUGAGAUAAAUAUGACUUCAUUUCAGUAGGAAGUACUUCUCCAAC